AUGCCUUUUAUUGACGAUGAUCUCCUCUGGUCGCCAGAAGCCGAAACGAAAAUUGAUAAUUUAAAUCUAAAUCAAUGUUUGGAAACGACAAAUCAACAGCAGGAACCUCCCGAAUUAAGUCAAUCAGAUCUCACGGGACUCGUUUCCAGUCUGGAGUCCAGUUUAAGCGAGGUUGAUGUUGAAUUAUUUAAUCAAUUGGGUUGCUCGUUGGAACUCGACACGUUUCUCACGGAUUUUGCCGGAGUCGAAGUAAAAGAGGAGAAUAAUAAUGAUAUAGUAUCAGAUGUUUCCAGCACAACCACAUCGAAUAAUAAAAAUAUUUUAACGACACAACAAGCAUUAAACGAAUUGCGACAAAGAAAUGCAAAAUUUAACAUCGCCGCAGCUAAUCCUUUACUCGCAGAAAAAUUAUCAUCUCCUUCAUCAAUUGUUUCCGGAAGUUUGGGAAACAACAACGGAAACUACAACGGUGGUCACGAUACCAGUGCCUCAUCUGGGGCUCAUACAAGGACUCAUGGAAUGCGUCCAGCUGUUAAAGGAAAGAAAAAACUUUGA